UGAAGAAUCAGACAGUGAAAUCGUGUGGUUUGAGGGAUACUUUAUGGCUAAGAAAGGUGGAAUUUUGAAUGGUGCAGUUUUUGUGACAGAAUCUUUGAACAGGCUGUUUUCACUGCUGCUUCUUAAUUUGGAAGAAUAUUACUUUGAACAGCACACAGCUAAUCAUAUUAUAAAUAAAGGUCGCAGAGAUGAAAGAAAAUUCAGAGGCUCUCUAAAAAUCUGUUCAAAGUCAAUCAUUUUUGAACCUGAUGACAAUAUCCAACCCAUUAUCAAGAUACCACUGAGAGACUGCAUUAGUAUAAAAGCCCCAGAAGAUAAUGAAGCAAAUAACCCUUUCACACGGGAUACAUCUGGAGGGAUUUCUGUUGUAUGUAACCAGGUUUUUCUCAUUAAAGAAAGAAACAUUAUUGCACCCUAUAAAACAGUAAGAGGUAGAACAGAACACUUAUUCCAACUGGAUGUUGCUGGGAAACUAGGAGAUGUUGUGCAAACUCUACAUCAGCUUUACAGGGCUUCUUGUCUAGAUAAGAUGGGAGAUCAAGCUGCCAUGAUAACUGCUAUAUUGCAGUCACGCUUGGCUAGAACUUCAUUUGAUAAAAACAGAUUUCAAAGCAUUUCUGAAACGCUGCAUAUGGAAUGUAAAGCAGAAAUGGUGACACCACUGGUGACUAAUCCAGGGCAUGUGUGUGUUACUGAUGCUAACUUGUACUUCCAGCCUCUUAAUGGAUAUCCUAAACCAGUAGUACAAAUAACACUGCAAAAUGUGCGUCGCAUCUAUAAAAGAAGACAUGGCCUAAUGCCACUGGGACUUGAAGUAUUUUGCACAGAAAAUGAUCUAUGUUCUGACAUCUACUUGAAAUUCUACAACUAUCAAGAUCGAGAUGAGCUCUAUUUCCUUAUCGCAACAUAUAUAG